GAACCGUGCCCAUCACACCUACAUUACGCCUUAUUUGGGCACAGGUGACCGGAAGUAUCUAAUUUGAUGGCGGCGGGAUGAAAGGCUCAAAGACGUGCAACAACGUAGGCUACAUCAUUUUUCUACCUAGCUCUGACGAAAUGUCGGUUUUUAAUAGUGAUGAAGUUUUCAAAAGUCACUACUUUCAACUUAUUUAAUUUUUAAAGAAGACAUCCUAACUGGAUCUACCAAUGCCAAACCCCAUGGACGACCGUCUGCGCGUGGUGGCGGUGAUACACGCUUUGAAAGCAUCUGGAGUUCGCGUGAAAAACUGGAAGAACUUCUUGAAUGGGCCAUACACGAGCGACCCUGUCAGACAGGAGAACCAAUCUAAAUUUGCUUUUGGUCGGGACCUGAUAUUGCUGCCACAGUGUGAUUUAACUGAUAUGAGUGGGACAGUGCCAAAGUUCUUGGUGGAUGCCUGUGAAUUUUUAUCCCAGCAUCUUCAUACUGAAGGGCUGUUUCGAAAGACCGGGUCGUUUAGCCGGAUGCGAGCUCUGAGGACUGGCCUGGAGCAGGGGGAGCCAGUCUUUUCUCUACCACAUUCAGCCACUCUGCAGCCCUGUGAUGUGGCGUCUCUUGUGAAGCAGUUCUUACGGGAGUUGCCCUCGCCCCUCAUCCCUAUGGAUCUACAGGUGCCACUGUGUCGUGCACAGGGCUUCGACGAGGAGGAGGGUCGGCAGGAGCAGGGUGAGGAUGGAGCUCUUCUUCUCACAGCCCUGUUCCCCCCGUCGCAUUCACGGGCCCUCCGAUACUUCUGCACCUUCCUGAGACAGACGGCUCAAAGAUGUAAAGAGAAUCGUAUGGAAGUGGGCAAUCUGGCUCUUGUGAUUGCACCUAAUCUGCUACAUUGUCCAGCUGGGGGCUCUAAACUGACCGCAGGUACAGAGAGACGACUGCAUAGACAAGCAGCAGUGAUCAAGAAACUCAUAAUACAUGCUCAUCGCAUUGGUGUUGUCCCCCCUUCUAUUAUGGACAUGGCAACAGUAGCAGAGUCCUCCACACCCCCAGUUGAUGGGGGGAGGUUUCAGGAGAGGGCAGGACUUGGUGUGUUUAGACUUUUAGUACAUCAAAGGAGGCGCAGUGUUGGAGAGAUAUUUGUGGAUGCUCUCAGUAAAUUGAAGACAGGCCGCACUCACACUGACCUUUUACAUCCCCCAGACAGUCAGCAAAAUACAAAGACUGCUCACCACAACACACCUGAAACACCAAUCACAUCUAAACGGAAGUCGACUGAAGAUCCUGUCCCUGAUGUUGAGAGCUCUGCUAAAAAAAGACGCUCUAUCCAUGACCUUAGAGAAGACAACCAAUCCAUGAGCAAACAACCCUCCAAUGAUUCCGAGGCGGCAGUCGGCCAAAGCCCUACCCGUAGUCACACUUCUGUCCUGAGUGGAGUGGAGGGCAGUAGGGAGCACGAGCUCUCUGUCACUCUCACUGCCCCAGAGAAGAGGAGGAAUCACAAGAAAGAUUAUAAAACAUCAAACAAGCAUCCGGUGCAGGAGGCCAAGGCUCAUCGAAGGACAUCUCUUAGAUUUUUCAACAUGACAGUCUGGAGCAGCCCUGACCCUUCCCCCACAUCCAUUGGGAAUGACACUGAGAAUUGGAUCAUGGGCAGUAUAAUGGUCACUGAUGGUGUGACUGAAGCAUCCAGCUCUGAGGUUGGACCAUCCAGGAUUCCUGUCAUAAUGACUGAUGGUAUGACUGGACCAUCCAGGAUUCCUGUCAUAAUGACUGAUGGUGUGACUGAAGCAUCCAGCUCUGAGGUUGGACCAUCCAGGAUUCCUGUCAUAAUGACUGAUGGUAUGACUGGACCAUCCAGGAUUCCUGUCAUAAUGACUGAUGGUGUGACUGGACCAUCCAGGAUUCCUGUCAUAAUGACUGAUGGUGUGAAUGGACCAUCCAGGAUUCCUGUCAUAAUGACUGAUGGCCCAGGACAAGUUCUAGUGGGGAGUGAAGUGGAGGAUGACCCUGAUAUGCCAAAUUACAGCUUUGCUGAAAAUCCCGAUCACUUCUUGGAUCUCGCGACAUUGGACUCCCCUUCCAGGACACAAGCUGGGGAAUCAUGUGAAUGCUCUGGUGUCAAGUUGGAACACGAGACGAUAGAGGAAACCGUUAGACAGUAUGAAACAAACCAUGUAUUGAGGGAUCCAGAGCAGGUUGGGAUAAAAGAGGACCCUGAAGACGUGGGUCUAAGCAAGAAGCAGUCAGAAGUGGAUAUAUCUGUCAGUCAGAAGCCCCGUCACCCUCGUCGCUCCAUCAGUAUGCCAGAGGUGACAUUGGACCAACUGAGGAUUCAAGAUAAAAUUGACAAGAAAGAGAAAACAGAUUGGAUGAUCGAGAAAGAAGAUGGAGUCUCUGGGGACACACUUCAACUGCCGGUGAAGAAAGAGAAGAUGACAGAGUCCGGACUGGGUUUUAAGAGGACACACAUGUCUGUAGCAGAGCGCAUCAGGCGGUUUAACGCUCUGACAACGCUGCUCCGUAACCCCAGGGUUCCUCCAAGGCCCCCUGAACCUCAGCUCAAUGAUGUCCUGCAUGAGAGUCAGCGGGAGGGGGGUCAGCGGAGCGUUGUACGUCUGCGCCGGCAGGGAGCACGGCGGUUUGGACGCUCCAUCAGCCAUGAUGGUGUUCCCGGACCUUGGCCAGGACAAGCCUCUAAAAAUCAUCAAGAGGUGCCAGUGGUUGUUCAAAGCCUCAGUGAGCCAGUCCUAUGUCCACCUCCAGAGCCAACUACUAGUGUUUAUCAAUUUGCCCAAGAGGGACAGUUUGAAAUCCAACAUACUCCUCAACUACAACAGGAACACCUCAUGCAGACCAUCCAGGAUUUGUGCGCUCCUCCGUCACCCAAUCCAAAGCAGAACAAGGAAUCCUGCCAAGUGACGUUUAAAGAAUCACAAUUGAAUCUCAAAGAAAGACAAUUGGAACCGGUGGAGGAACAACCAAAGGAGUCAGAGCUACAUGAUCUGCUGGAGAUGCACUUGAAUACAUGCAAUCCAAAGGAGGAGCAAGACAAACACCUCAUAGUUCCAAUGCAGGUGAAUAGACAGUUUCUGACCGACACCGUCUUAGAUGUUCCACCUCAGACCAUGGCCCCCCUACAGCAGGAGUCCAAAAGUACAGAAGUCAAAUUCCCUCUCCCUUUUCCCUCCAAGCCCUCCUCUCUCUCUCAAACAGAAACAUGCUCUCCCAUUCCCAGUGGACCCUCUCCCACACCAAUAGACAGAACAUCAACUGACCUCUACACUGCACACUUGGUGACUAACUGCUCCCCUUUCUCUGUCACGACCUUUGGCUUUAUAGAGAUAGACAUGGGGGUCAGUGAGAGUGAUGGGGGUUCUCUCCCCGUUGAACUCUCUCCAUCACCAGCCUUGCAGUUCAAGCUCCCGGCCACCAAGAGACGCUACAGAGACUCGCCCUGCUGGCCCGUCCAUGAGAUUAGCAUGGCCACAGGGGACCCAUUGCAGAUCUGAGGGGUACAGGACAGACUAAAUGGUACUCCGUAACUAGCGCAUUGGUCUUGAGUGGUAGGGUUUACAAAUGGGGAAAAUAAGAUCACUCGCACAAAGAAUGCCAUGUGUUUUUUAAAGUUUUUUUUUUAAAUGUAAUUUUCUGUUAUGCCAAUAUAGGUUAUCCUAGAAAAGUAUUUUAAAGCGGCAGUCAACAGUAGAACAAUAACAAAGUGGCCUCCCUGUUUCGGUAAAGAUCUGAGGGAUGGGGCUGGAGAAAUGUAACCACUCUCAAAUGUAUCGACAAAGCUAUGGAUGCAAGGCCUGCCUGUCCAUAAUAUAACAAUUAUAGUUUUAACCAUGUAUUGAGACCUAUAUCGUGUUUGUUUACAUUGUUUUCAAACAUUGGAGUAAAAUAAGCUUAUUUUGGGUUCUGAUGGUGUACAAAUGUUACUAAGCUGUCAAUCAAUGGGUAAAUAUCAUUAUUAUAUUAUGUAGCAACUGCUGAUUGCAGAUUUUAUUAUUGUCAAGUUGCGUUUUACAUAUCUGACUAUAUAUAAUUUGUGUAAGUGUAUGUAUUUCAGUUUGAAUAAAAUAAUUUAUUUUGAUUUAUUAA